GCAGUCGGUGAAAGUCCGACGAAACAGUCUGUCAGAGGGCCUUUUUGUUUUGAUUUUGCUUUGGAGUUGGUGUGUUCAGCGGAUGCGAAACGCAGUACCCACCACAUAGAGAUUAACCUGUCCAUCGAUCUAUCGACAUAGCUGCGGACCAUCCUUGGGUCUCUGUGGAAGGCGACUCUUUCCUCCUGCGCAAACUGGAGUUGUAGAACAGAAAGAGAGCAUCAAUCAUAUGAGAAGAAACUCGAUUGGUCACGGUGAUCAACGAAGAAGAUUGAUGCAAUCAGAUCUGAUAGCCAGUUGGCGGUCUGCCGGAGGAGGAUUGAUUGGAUAAGCUGUCCAAGUGUCAUCUUCGCGUGUUCCCUUGGCUAUCUGGCGAGCAAGUCUGGGUCACAUUUGAUGUGACCGCUUUCAUCUGGCGGGUAGUAGCGCGAGAUGGAAGGGGCUGUCUUCGGUCUGGGGCUGCGUUGAGGUUGGCGGGUGACCCUGCCAAGCUUUGCUCUCGGCCAUGGUGUAUCGUCGCAAAGGGCCGUCUUCCGCUAUCGCUCCGAGCAACAUCUUUUUCAAGAUAGUGAUUGGUCAGUAGGCAGGUUAUGUGAGAAGGGGUGUGAGCGUGUGCGAGGGAGAGGGUUAAGCAUGGAGUGACUGGUUGAUGUUUGGAUAAACUUCUCCUCUGUGGAGUGAAGUGUCGAUUCUCUUGUGGGGGUGAGAAGUGGUCCCAUGGGGUGUCGUUGCAAAGAGCCUUUUUCCGCUAUCGCUCCGAGCAACAUGUUUGUCGAGGUAGCGAUUGGUCAGUAGGCAGGUGGUCAGUCUUAUGUGAGAAGGGGUGUGAGCGUGUGCAUGUGCGAGGGAGAGGGUUAAACAUGGAGUGACUGGUUGAUGUUUGGAUAAACUUCUCCUCCGUGGAGUGAGGUAUCAUUCUCUUCCGGGGUGGGAAGUGGUGGGCAUAAUGGCAAUGGGCAAGCGGCUAGAGGAUGGUUCAGAACCUCUCUUGAAAGAAGGGGAGAAGGAGGAGAGCACACUUAAAGAACUGGAAGAAGGUAUGGUGAAGUCUGGUGGUGAUGACACAGUUUCGGGUGGCGGAAAGGGGGAUAGUAGGGACACCCAUGUGUACAGAGUGAGUUACCGUAGACUUUUCCAGUUGGCGAAGCCUGAGCUGUUGGUGCUUUGCUUUGCGGUUGUGGCACUGUUUGUCUCUGCGGUGGCAAAUCUUGCUCUCCCAACCUUUGCUGGGGAUGUGAUAGAUGCAGUGACAAGGCACCCUGACACACCUGAAGGUAAAGCAGCUACCUAUGUAAAGGUGAACCAAAAACUUGUGCAAAUUGUUGCAGUGGUGAUUGUGGGCUCUAUCGCGACCUCCAUGCGUGUGUACCUCUUCACCUCUGCAAGUGAGAGGGUCGUAGCGCGCCUGAAGAGGGAUCUCUUUGGAAGCCUUGUGCGCCAGGAGGUGGCCUUCUUUGAUGUAACACGAACCGGCGAGUUGAUGAGUCGGCUGUCGGAGGACACACAGAUCAUAAAAAAUGCGGUGACGUUGAACCUCUCAGAACUGCUGAGGGGGAUCUCCACUGCUCUUCUGGGGUUGAGUUAUAUGUUUGUCAAGUCGUGGAGGCUGACGUGUUUGACGCUCGUGAUUGUUCCGGCCGUUGCCAUUGGCAUUCGGCAGUAUGGGAAGUAUCUGAAAGAGCUAUCCAGGAAGACGCAGGCGGCAUCGGCAGCGGCUGCGGCUGUGGCAGAGGAGUGCAUUGGGGCGAUCCGUACAGUGCGGGCAUUUGCGCAGGAGGGCAGUGAAAGCGAGAGAUACAGGGAGAAGGUGGAAGUCAGCCUGACUCUGGGACUUCACCAGGCCUGCGUCGGCGGCUUGUUCAGCGGAGGCAUGUUUGCGGCAGCUACAUUGUCGCUCGUCGCGGUGAUGUGGUAUGGUGCCCACCUUGCCGUUUCUGGUGGCAUGAGCCCUGGUAGUCUUGCAUCUUUCAUCAUCUACGCCCUCACCGUUGGGUUUUCGGUGGCCUCCCUGGCAGGAAUUUAUGCCACGGUGAUGAAGGCCUUGGGAGCGGGAGAGAGAGUGUUUCAUCUUCUGGACCGCGAACCAAGUAUGGUGAAGGCAGGAAGCAAGAGACCCAUGGGAGACGAAGCUGGGGGAGAAGUGCGGCUUCAGAAGGUCUGGUUUGCAUACCCCUCCAGGCCCAGCCGAUGGGUUCUUAAGGGGGUCAAUUUGACCCUCCUCCCCGGGUCCAAACUGGCACUCGUUGGUCCUUCUGGUGGUGGCAAGUCGACGAUCGCGAACUUAGUUGAGCGGUUCUAUGAUCCUCAGACAGGGGUCAUCACGCUGGAUGGCUGCCCCUUGCCGGAGAUUUCUCACGACUAUCUGCACCGCCAGAUCAGCAUUGUGAGUCAAGAGCCUGUCCUGUUCAACACCACCAUAGCUGAGAACAUUGCUUACGGAUCUGAGCCCUCCGCAUCCUCGGCAACGGCUAUUCAGCUGGCGGCAACGAUGGCAAAUGCGCACGAGUUCAUUUCGCAAUUCCCGGAAGGUUAUGAGAACCUGGUUGGGGAGAGGGGAGUGCGGCUCUCGGGCGGGCAGAAGCAGCGCAUUGCGAUUGCACGCGCCUUGCUGAUGAGUCCACGUGUGCUUCUGCUGGAUGAGGCCACGAGUGCUCUGGAUGCUGAGAGUGAGUAUCUGGUCCAAGAUGCCAUGGACAGACUGAUGGUCGGACGGACCACGCUCGUUAUAGCUCAUCGACUGUCGACGGUGCAGAGUGCACAUGUUGUGGCAGUCGUUGAUAAGGGAGUGAUUGUGGAGAGAGGCUCGCAUGCAGAGCUGCUGGAGAGGAAUGGGAUCUAUGCAGGAUUGGUGCGACGACAGCUGCAGGGAGGGACCGGCCUUGGGGGGACUGCCCAGAACGCGAACGGUGGUGCUACCCUGGGAGAGGUGCUGGAGACGCACUCAGCUGAGUUCGGAGUCCAUUGCAUUACGGAAGAGGUCCCGGUCAACAAUGAGGUUGACGAUUUGAGUUAGCGACAACAUUAUUACAAAUUCGAUUCUAUCUCUCAGUGUGUGAAGUUUGCCAAACUGUCUCUUGCAACACCCUUCUCAUUGGGCAAUGCAUUAUUUUUCUUGUGUAUAUGUAGUCAAACAGAGCUGCCGACGGUAAACCGUAGGCAGAGAGAGGGAGGGAGAAGACAAAAAACUAGGGGCUGUGACAGAAACAGUUUCGUCAGAGUUUCACCGAUGCAUUAGGAGGGGUAUAUCAUCAUACAAUUAUAUGCAUAUUGCCAUAUUCUACAAUGAAGAGCUUGUAUUAUCCGGGUAGAUACUGAGUUGUUACGUAAGUAAUGACAAGCAUCGUGUUUUCGGACCCACUGGAAAACCGAGAGCCUGAUUAACCGGGUACUAGAUACUGAGUUGUUAAGUAAGUAGAUACUUCUUGCUGCGGGCACAAUUGCUAUCACGAAUUACGGUUAAAUAAUAAUAAUGAUGAGCAUCGUCAUCGUAUUCUGAAUGUCACUUUUCACUGAUGGCAUGGCACUAUCUCUGCAGUCUCUGUCUGCUGCAAUGCAAACUAGACAAGAAGGCGUAGUUGGGUACGACCAGACAGGCAGUUGAGCUCAGGAAUAACUGACACAUCCUCCUCGAGUCGCUCUCACAGUCCAGAUUCCGCUAAAACGCGGGUGCAAUGAACUGCUUUCUUCGUCUUCUCUUCUUCUUCAAAAGUGAGAAGCCUUGCAGGGGUUGUGAAAGGAAGAAGGAAAAUGGAAAAGAGCUGCAGCGAGGGAAGAGGCAACUGAGACGGAAACGACAGUUUUCCGGACCGUCUCAGAAUAUCAUCUGGAGAAGCGAUUGAAAGGUGUCUGUCUGCUAUGUGCGCGCACCGCAGCGAUUGAUGGAGACGGUCUCAGUGGCUGGCUCCUCUGCUGGACGCUGCAGGGUGUCCGCACACUGAAGCUUUCUGUGACGUAUCUAAUAACUGCAGAUAAGGCCAGAUGCAAUCCAUAGAGUAGUAGUGUGACUAUUUUUUCAAUCCUCGAGUCCUCGUUCGUGUACUCCAGUCCUUCCUGCCUAUUUCCUGCCUCCAGGGAGACGAGAGGGCGGUGUGUCACAGCCUCUCAUGAGCGAUACGCCCCCCUUAAGUAAGGCUUCGGCCCGAUCCUUGUUCCUGGCUCUGCCUUCCGAGUGACCAGGUUCAUCUGUUGGUAGGUGGAAGCUUCGCUCCCGCAGCAAGGCACUGUUUUUUUCAAUCUGCCAGCCAGGCAAGACUGCGUGCGCAUGGCAUUGGAAAACAUGGAUGGGCUGUCAGUUGACCGGAAGCUCAAGGAGCUGUGCUCUCUCCUGCAUGGGCUUACUUGUCGUCUCUCAUUGGUGCCUAGCCUUGCUAGACCUGAUCUGGCCACUGAUUGGUUUGGAAUCUUUUGGAUAAGAAGGGCUAGUUCUGCGCAGACUCGAGAAGCACUUUCGUUCUUUUCGCAGUUGUUGGUGAUGCUCGGUUUCCUGGGAAGGAGGCUGUGUAGUGGUUGGCGCGCAUGCUGAAAGCAUGUCGGCACACGGGGAACGUCUUAGACAUUGCUUCCAUUCUGCUGUGCCAGCAUUGGCUUAACCUGUGGUUAGCUGCGAGCAGGUUGAGGUUACCCCACAGUUAACUGCAUGCUGGGAGGCAUUGAGAGGAGGAUAGUUAACCUGUGGUUGACUGCAAGCAGGCUGGGGUUAACCCGCCGCCGUUAACUUCAUGCUGGGAGACAUUGAGAGGUUAACUUGCGGUUGCUGGCAAGCAGAGAGACGGUAACCUGAAGCAGCGAUGGGUGGUUAUCCUGUGGUUAAAGCAAGCAUUUCUUCUUGAGGGACUAGCAUGUCUUUAACUGCAUGUUGGGAGAGUUUGACUUGUGGAGGUUAACUUGUGGUUGAUGGAAAGCGGAUGGAUGUUAAUUGAAGCAGCGAUGUGAGGUUAUGUUAGCCUAUCUUCAACUACGCGUUGGGGGAAGUU